AACCAAUGUUUUCUUCUUUUUGCUUAGUUUCCUGACAUCCCAAGAAAACAUAUAUUCUGGCUUGAAAAGCAAAAUAUAGUUAAAGAGAAGAACAAACAGAAGAAAGUCCUCAUUUUUAUGAGUUUGCUACGCUAGUUAAGUAACAGCUCAGCUUCUUUCUGGAAUCAGAAGUUUACUGUUUUAUGACUUUUACCUGUUGCUCUCACUUUAGGGACCCCACUUCCCCUCUUUUUAUUCUCAAGUCUGAAUGCUAGCAGCACUCUGUAUUUUCCUGACAAAUCAAGGAGCUAGACUUAGCAGCAGCGAGAGCAUAUUCAUUAUUCAACAUGGCCAUGGAUUCAAGUAGUAGUACUAUGAAAUAUUACAUUCUUGCCUUACACACAUUUCAAUUGCUAGCCUCAAGCCCCUUUGGUCUAUGUGAUAGAGCCGGGAUAAAUCCUGGCCUUGGACUGCACAGGAAAUUAAGACAGCUGCAAGUUGAAUCAACCAGUCCAGAGAAUGGAAUAUACACUUCCCCUCCUCUGCUUUCAGGAGCUGUACCACCACCAAGUCCACAAAUUAACUCUCCUCCUUCAAAAACCGCACCACCAACUCCAGGGAACUCUCCUAAUCCAUAUGGGAUAUUCACUCCUUCUCCUCCUACUCCUUCAGGAACUAUGCCACCACCUUUACUUUCCACUUCUCCGCCACCACCAUCUCCUACUCCUUCAGGGGCAAUGCCACCGCCAUUACUUUCCACUUCUCCACAGCCACCAUCUCCUCCUACUCCUUCAGGGGCUAUGCCACCACCUUUACUUUCCAUUUCCCCGCCACCACCAUAUCCAAAUGCACAAAGUCCACAGCAUAAUGCACCUAAGCAGCCACCACCGAAUAGUCACUCAUCGCCAACGCCACCACCACCAGCUCCUAAUAAGAAACCUGAGAAUGCAGUUUGGUGCGUGGCUAAGCCGACAGUACCAGCAGACUUGAUUCAGCAGGCACUGGACUAUGCUUGUGGUUCUGGGGCUGGUUGUGAUGCCAUACAGCCCAAUGGGGCGUGCUACCAGCCGGCUACGUUGCUUUCUCAUGCUUCUUACGCUUUCAACAGCUACUGGCAGAAGAAAAAACAGGGCGGAGGGACUUGUGACUUUGGAGGAACUGCUAUGCUUGUCACUGCUGAUCCAAGUUAUGAUCAGUGCCGUUUCACCUGCAACUGAUUGUGGAAGACAACAUUUGAGAUUGAGAGGACUCCAAGACUGGAUAGGCAGAUAUUUGCAUAUGUUAUUUUACUACGAAGGACUGGUGUGACCUCAUAGGAUUCUUGUCUGUUUUUUCUUUUUUGCUUCUUCAUUUAAAAGAACUAGAUCGUGAUGUACUACUACUUCACAAUUGAAUGGGACAUAAUAGACGACCUUUAAAUUUUUGUCAA